AUUUCUCUCACCUUCUUCACUAAUCACUACAAUCGUCUCUGGGUUUCAGAAGAACAACUUUUAAGACUCAGACAAAAAAAACUGUCAAUAAUUUUGCAUUUUUGUUUUACUUGCAAAUCCGUUAGACUGCGACUGCUUAUAUAAACAAUUUCCAGUCUGCCAAAUUCGAAACCCCGCGAUUUCUCUUCGUCAACGAUCUCUCUCCUACCCACCUUUCCAAACGCCCAAAGAUUAAACCCCUUCAUUUUUCUCUCGGAAUCAUCGAAUAUUGAAGCUGCUUCCAAUAGUUUUCAAUGGCUUCUUUGGUGUUUCGACAAACUGUUGGCAGCUUCCAAUCUGUUGGUCCUAGCUGUAGUUCUGGCUGCCAUCAUGAUUCCCGCAAUGCAUCAUUGAAGUUACUACCAAAGGUUAACAAGUUAAGUCUUGGAUAUUCGACAACCAACAGUUUCAGUUCCCUACAGAAGCGUUCUGGUGUAAUUCAGGCUUCAACAUCUCAAACCUUUGUUGUGGAUGCAGUUUCAUCACCAUCUGAUAACUUCACCACUGACAAACCCAAGAAACCAAAUGAAGCAGCUCUUAUCUUGAUUAGACACGGUGAAUCUAUGUGGAAUGAGAAAAAUCUUUUCACUGGCUGUGUUGAUGUGCCAUUAACAAAGAAGGGUGUUGAGGAGGCAGUUGAGGCUGGCAAGAGGAUCAGCAAUAUACCCGUUGACAAGAUUUAUACAUCUACACUGAUUCGUGCUCAGAUGACCGCCAUGCUUGCCAUGACACAGCAUCGACGCAGGAAGGUGCCCAUCAUCAUGCAUAAUGAGAGUGAACAAGCUAAAUUGUGGAGUGAGGUUUAUAGCGAGGAGACCAAAAAGCAGUCAAUUCCAGUUACAACAGCAUGGCAAUUGAAUGAAAGAAUGUACGGGGAACUUCAAGGACUCAAUAAGCAAGAAACCGCCGAUAAAUAUGGAAAAGAGCAAGUUCAUGAAUGGCGUCGUAGUUAUGACAUACCUCCACCAAAUGGGGAGAGUUUGGAAAUGUGUGCUGAAAGAGCAGUCGCUUAUUUCAAAGAAAAUAUAGAACCUCAACUACAAUCUGGUAAAAAUAUAAUGAUUGCUGCCCAUGGAAACUCACUAAGAUCUAUUAUCAUGUACCUUGAUGCGCUAACAUCUCAAGAGGUUAUCAGCCUUGAACUAUCUACUGGGAUUCCCCUGCUUUACAUUUUCAAAGAAGGAAAGUUCAUGAGAAGAGGAAGCCCCGUAGGACCCACAGAGGCAGGCGUCUAUGCAUACACAAAGAGGUUAGCAAAUUACAGGCAGAAAUUGGAUGAAAUGCUGAAAUAAACGAUCUCAAUAUUAGGUCUUUGCAUCCGGUAAUCACAUUUGACACGAAUGGCUGGAGGUGAAGAAAAUUGAAAAUGCAGAAACAGAAAGUGGAUAUAUAGUGACAGGAACUUAGGUUGAAGGCUCAUAUAGCUGAUUUUUUAAGCUACGUUUCAGUAGUUUGUUUAGGGUUCAGUUUCAAAGUUAUAUGCCAAUAUGGCGCUUAUGAUGGUUUGUAAGGGAUCAAAACAUGUAUUUUUUUUUGUUGGUAAUUGUAAAAUUUGUGGGAGAUGCUUUGACAACCAUUAUAGCCUCCAUUCUCAGCUUGCUUUCAUAUGUUUCUAUGCACUAUGCUGCUUGUGUUGACUAUGUUAGGUGGUGAAAUGUUUAAAAGGUCGUAUUUGACCAUUGAAUUUGUAA